CAAGUAUCUUCCCUUGUCCGAUAACCACUGUGGUUUCUCUCGAACAGGCCCGAACCCUAGCUCACUCUCCCCGGGAAAAAACGAAAACAAACCGGAGUUCUCUCUCGGAAAUCACAACAUUCUCUUAUCUUUAAAAAAAAUCUGUGAUCUAUCUGGAUUCUACAAUGGCAGAUACAAUCAUCAUCUUCAAACUUUUCAGUAGCUGAAGCUCGAGGUUACAUUACAGGAAAAAAACUGAGAUUUUUUUUUUCCCUCGCUGCCAUUGUCGUCUCUAGUGAGCUUGACACCUGUAAACCCAGCUCAAUCACUGCAAAAACUUCAGGCUUUGCUUAUCAUAGCUCUGCAACAGUAACCUCUCAAAGAAUAGAGAGAGAGAGAGUCAAAGAGAGAGAGAGAGGUCAAUGCUUAGGGCACAUCUGUCUCAGCUUCCCGCCGCCGCUGUCGCCGUCGCCGCCGGGAGACUUUUCUCUGUCUGAGCAGAAAGAAAGAACAAAACCCAGUUUCUUGCUCUACUGACAGAGAGAGAUUUGAGAUUUGUAAGAGAUAAAGUCGGUGACUUCGGAUCGUGGGUUCGUGGAUUCACACAAGAGGUAUGAGAAUAGCGUUCGAAUGGAGGUCGACGACGUUCAGACGCAACAACCCAGCAGAAAACUGCCGAGAUUCUCCAACGAAGUCGACGCAGACGGCGGAGGACUCGCCCGAAGAGCUGACAACAGCGGCGACGGCGACGACGAGGGAAUGAACAACAGCUUGAGCCUGAGGAGUAGUUGGAACCCGUCGUCUCGCAUCGUUAGGGUUUCGAGAGCUUCCGGAGGGAAAGACAGACAUAGUAAGGUCCUGACAUCGAAGGGUCCGAGAGAUAGGAGGAUAAGGUUGUCCGUUUCGACGGCGAUCCAAUUCUACGAUCUGCAAGAUAGGUUGGGUCUGGAUCAACCGAGCAAGGCGGUGGAGUGGCUGCUCCAUGCGGCGACGGAUGCAAUCGCCGAUCUGCCGUCGAUCAAUGCAUUUCCCGAUGGAUUAAGCGAUGAGAGAAUGGCCAGCAAUGGCGGAAACAAUGAACAAGAGCUGGGAGAUUUCGAAGGACAGAACCAUAACAUGAACCAGACACUGUCACUGUCGAAAUCCGCUUGCAGCAGCACGUCGGAGACGAGCAAGAACUCGUCGGCGUUAUCUCUAUCGAGAUCGGAGAUUCGUGGUAAAGCCAGAGAGCGAGCUAGAGAGAGAACGGCCAAGGAGAAGGAGAGAGAGAAAGAGAGGGAGAGAGAAAACGACGUCGUUCAAGCUCCGACGCCGAUUCAGCCUCAGAGCUCGUUCACUCAGCUUCUCACCGGCAACCACCACGACGAAGCUAGCCCGACCGGUAACCACCAUAACCGGCAUUGGACCGGAACAUCAUCGGUCGAGUAUUUCAGCCCGGUUCAGCUCAUACCGCCGUCUUCUUUCUCGCGAACCCACCAAGCUUACAACGGUCCAAUCCAUGCCGGAAUCUCUCCUCUCCCUCAUUUUUCUCCGUUCACCAUCUCCGGCGAGAAUCACCAUCACCACCACCAUCAAGAACCUCUCCAGAGUCAACAUUUCUCGUUCCUACCGCCGGAAUCUCUGAUCCAGACGGCGGGCUCCGCCGCAACCGCCGAUUACAGCACUCUGAACUUCAGUAUCUCUUCUCCGGCGGCGGUCGCCGGUGGAGGAGGCGUAUCCGGGUACAACAGGGGGACCCUUCAGUCCAAUUCACCGUCUCUCUUUCUCAACAACAACAUCCAGAGGUUUUCUCCAUCGUCGACCACGUCUUCGGCUUCGUCGUCUUCUCCGAUGGACAGCCAAAGCGUGCCCUUUUUCACGGCUACGCCGUCAUUGGAGCACCACCACCACGGCCAUCAGAUCCCGGCAACUUUCGACGGCCGCCUUUACCUUUAUCACGGCGGAGACGGAGGCCGGUGCCCCGACCAAAAGCAGGGCAAGGGACGCAACUAAAAGCCUUGUCUGUGUUCACUUUCAUCAACGCUUCUUGCUUCAUCACUCAUUACAGCUCUGGUUAGUUUCCUAAGAUCUCUGCCCCUCAUUUAAUCCCUAUUUUCAGAUUAUAAUCAAUCAGUGCAAACUAUGAAUUCGCAAGAAUGGGUCUGAAGUUAUUUCAAAAAUCUUGCAAAAAGAAAAAAUCACUGGCUUUUCUUGAUUAUUUGAUUUUUAAUGCUUUCAUGCUUGUGGAUUAGUAGUACCAUGUUUGUUUGCUUUGCUUUUCUUGGGUUUCAUAAAGAAAUGUGGCCAUUGGGGAGA